AUGGUACUCAUCGGAGGUGUCAAAUACGCUUGUGAGCGUUGUAUAAGAGGUCACAGAGUCACAACAUGUAACCAUACAGAUCAACCUUUAAUGAUGAUUAAGCCAAAGGGACGUCCUUCAUCACAAUGUAAACAUUGCAAAGAAUUGAGAAAGAACAAAAACUCACAUCCUUCAGGUGCAUGU